UCACGCCCCGCCGCGUCUCCAUGGAAACGGCUUCUCGCUCCGCGCCGCUGAGGGCAGCAUGGCGUCUGGGGAGCCGGGAGACGUGGGUUGUUACUAUUUCAGGUUCCUGCCUCAGAAAACCUUCCAGUUUCUGAGCGCCCGGGAGACCACCAGCCGGCUUCGCCAGUGGUCGAUGCUGGGCAGAAUCGAGGCUCAGGCCUUCGGGUUUGACCAGACCUUCCAGGCCUAUCGGAAAGAUGAUUUCCUUCUGGCCUUUUUCAAAGACCCAAAUGUUAUUUCCAAUCUGAAGUUACUUUCAGAUUCUUCUGGACAAUGGAUUACAUUAGGAACUGAAGUGAAAAAAAUUAAAGCUAUAAAUGUUCCUUGUACACAACUGUCAAUGUCAUUUUUCAAUCGAUUGUAUGAUGAAGAUAUUGUACGAGACGGUGGACAUAUUGUUAAAUGCUUAGAUUCGUUUUGCGAUCCGUUUCUCAUUUCUGAUGAGUUACGCAAAGUUUUACUAGAAGAAGACUCAGAAAAAUAUGAAAUAUUCAGCCCACCAGAUAGAGAAGAGUUCCUGUUUUGUCUUUUUAAACAUCUUUGCCUCGGUGGAUCCCUUUGUCAGUAUGAGGAUGUGAUUAAUCCGUAUUUGGAAACAACAAAGCUUAUCUAUAAGGAUCUGGUGAGUGUUCGAAAGAAUCCUCAAACCAAGAAAAUACAAAUUACCUCUUCAGUCUUUAAAGUUACAGCCUAUGAUUCUACUGGUAUGUGUUACCCUUCAACAAAGCAUCAUGAACAGACAUUUUCUUACUUUAUUGUGGAUCCCAUGAAGCGUCAUGUUAAUGUUUUAUACCACUGUUUUGGUGUGGGGGAAAUGUCUUGAUUCUCUUUCACAUUAUCUGUAUCUGUUAUUUUAAAAUUAGCUUUUUUUCUGUUGCUAAUGUUAAAUAUUUACCAUGCAAGUUAA